UGACAGUGGAAUCCGACCGGGUUUGAAAUCCUUAUAAAAACCUCCUUAAAAGUGCCACUCUAAUCAAUCAGAAUUAGUAGGUAGCAAUGGAAGCACCAAAAUCCGACGUCAAAAUCUGGAACGUGGGGCUUCUGCUGGUGGCGGUGAAGCUGAUAUCCGUACUGAUAAUGCCGAGAUCGAAGAAACGAGUGCCGCCGGUGGUGGGCGGUCUGGUCCGGUUCAUGAAAGGUCCAGUGGUGAUGCUGCGAGAGGAGUACCCUAAGCUUGGUAGUGUGUUCACUCUCAAACUAUUGAACAAGAACAUCACAUUUCUGAUUGGCCCGGAGGUGUCGGCCCACUUCUUCAAGGCCCCCGAAUCCCACCUCAGCCAGCAAGAAGUCUACCAGUUCAACGUGCCCACCUUCGGCCCGGGCGUCGUAUUCGACGUCGACUACUCCGUUAGGCAGGAGCAGUUCAGGUUCUUCACUGAGGCCUUAAGAGUCAACAAGCUGAAAGCCUACGUCGAUCAGAUGGUCAUCGAAGCUCAGGAAUAUUUCUCAAAAUGGGGAGAGAGUGGUGAAGUGGACCUAAAACAAGAGUUGGAGCAACUAAUCAUACUAACAGCGAGCAGGUGCUUAUUAGGAGAGGAGGUUCGAAACAAGCUCAUGGACGAUGUUUCUGCUCUCUUCCACGACCUCGACAAUGGUAUGCUUCCCAUCAGCGUCAUCUUCCCCUACCUUCCCAUCCCGGCCCAUCGCCGCCGUGAUCGAGCUCGCAAGAAGCUUGCCCACAUAUUCGCAACCAUCAUAGCUUCCCGAAAACAAACAGGCAAGCCGCAGAAUGAUCUGCUGCAGUGCUUCAUAGAUUCCAAGUACAAAAACGGGCGGCCGACGACCGAAGCAGAGGUCACCGGACUCCUCAUCGCCGCUCUCUUUGCCGGCCAACACACGAGCUCCAUCACCUCCACCUGGUCCGGAGCUCACCUCCUCACUAACGGGAAACACAUGUCAGCGGCGGUGGAGGAGCAGAUGCGGCUGAUGGAGAAGCACGGAGACAAGGUCGACUACGACGUGUUGUCGGAGAUGGAGGUUCUCUACAGGUGCAUCAAGGAAGCCCUGAGGCUCCAUCCACCGUCGAUCAUGCUUCUGAGAAGCUCACACGCUGAUUUCAGUGUGAAGAGCAAGGAAGGAGUGGAGUACGAUAUCCCCAAGGGGCACAUCGUGGCUACAUCGCCUGCCUUUGCAAAUCGACUCCCGCACAUUUACAAGGAUCCAGACACCUAUGACCCCGACAGGUUUGGUCCGGGGAGAGAGGAGGACAAGGCGGCAGGAGCUUUCUCAUACGUAUCCUUCGGUGGUGGGAGGCAUGGUUGUCUGGGGGAGCCGUUCGCAUACCUGCAGAUCAAAGCCAUCUGGAGCCACUUGCUCAGGAACUUCGAGAUGGAGCUCGUCUCUCCAUUCCCGGAGAUUGAUUGGAAUGCCAUGGUGGUUGGUGUCAAAGGGAAAGUCAUGGUGCGCUACAAACGCAAACGCCUUCCCAUCAACUGAUUCUAUUUCAACCUAUAGCCAGACUGCUAUCUUGUUUGUUUGUUUUUUCAGAUCUACUUAUGUAUGUGCUCUCUCCUCUUUACUUUGCUUCAUUUGAGGCUGUGAGCCAUAUUGUUAA